UGGUUGUAUGAUGAACUUUUGAUGAUAGCAGUUACGUUACGUGUAAGUGUAAAUAGAGAUAGGAGCUGAAAACUUCAGGCUCCAAAGAUUCAUCAUCUCUUUCUCUUCUGUGUCUUCUCCCACAACACACACUCAACCUCUCUAUCCCCGACCAAUUGAGAGAUGCUCCAUAGCUCUGUGGCGAUAACAUCCCCAAAAUUAACAUGCUCUUUCCCAUCUACUUCCACCUCCGACUCCCUCCGCCCCUGCAGACGCCUCAGGCUCUCCGCCAAGAUCGAUGAUGGCUCCGCCGAUCAGUUUCUGCAGAACAAUUCCAUCGCCGAUUUCAUGAGGUUCAAGAAGGAUGACCACGCCCAAUUGCAGACAGCUGUUCUUAGCUACCGCAAGAAGUUUCCCUGGUCCCUUCUUCAACCUUUUGUCCGAGUGGAUUUGGUCUCGACGAUUCAUAUUGCUGAUAAGGAGUACUUUGCAACCCUACAAAAAGAACUUGAGGCAUAUGAUUGUGUUCUUUAUGAGAUGGUUGCUAGCAGAGAAAGUUUAGAAAACAGAAGAAGCCUUGAGGAUAGGAAGAAACUUAACAGCUCAAACUUAAGGGGAUUUAAUAUAAUUGGAUGCAUUCAGCGGCAAAUGGCUAAGUUACUUGCGCUUGAUUUUCAAUUAGAUUGUCUCGACUACCAGGCAGAGAAUUGGUAUCAUGCUGAUCUUGACUUAGAAACUUUUAAAUUACUCCAGCUUGAAAAAGGUGAAAGCUUCUUCACAUUUGCCAGAGAUAUGACACUUAGAUCCACUAAAGCUAUAGUGCAGCCUGGUCCAUCCCGAGAAGAUCUUGGCCCUUGGAAAUCCAAACUUCUAUGGGCCGCUCGUGUUGUUCCAAUGCCUCUUGUUGGUUUGCUCAUCAUAGGAGGUGUUUGUACAGAUAUUGGAAACCAAGCAGAAUAUCCAGAAUUUGAAGCCUUGUCCAGGCUCGAUUUUGGUGCAGCAAUGAAAGUUUUCCUAGCAAAGAGGCUGACAUCUGAUUUUGCACAGGUAACAGCUGAUGUGGAAGAGACAUCUGUCAUCAUCGGCGAGAGGAACAGAGCUGCUACAGAGGCUCUACGAAGAGCCAUUGAUGGAGGCAACAAGAAUAUCGCGAUUCUGUACGGCGGCGGGCACAUGCCGGACUUGGGACGACGGCUGCGGGAGGAGUUCGAGCUCGUCCCCUCUCAGGUACAAUGGAUAACUGCAUGGUCCAUCAAACAUAGGAAUCUCGCAAGUAGCUCUCUCCCCUUCCUCAAGAAAUUAGCUGAAAUCUUGCAAUGGCCCUUAAACCGAUACCAAACUCUUGCGUUGCUCAUAUUUUCUUCACUCCUUGCAUUGGAUCUCUGGUUUUGGGAACUGUUUUUUGGCACUACUGUGAAUUGGGUGUCGAAUGUGGCUUCGGAUUUGAUUCAUUAUGUUGAUAACAAUCAACUCAUGUGAUUCGGACCAAGUGUCUCUUGUAAAUGUAUUAUUAUCCGAUUUUUUAACAAGCUUGUUGGCUUAUGAUAGGAAAGCUUUGCUACUUCUUUUACAGCAAUUGAGAUUAUUUAUUGUAAAUGUUGUGUGCGUCUGCACUGAUUGUAGUGUUAUUUGCGUGCAUUGGUCAAAAUGUAUUGGAAUUAAUAUUGUGUUA